AUGGCCGAGAAUGCUGAAGAAUUUAGAAGGCUCCCUUCGGACGAGCUUUCGGAGGAUACCGAAAUGCUUGAUGUACCCGAAUCCUACAGAGGCCUCCCCCAGGAUAAAACUCGUCGAAAUAGAACUGUCCAACUUGGCCAAGACGCCCUGAUGGCAGAGAAUCUCUUUGGAUCUACUCAAAGCGUAGAGCAAGAUUCAGAGGAUCUGAGGCUGCCAAAAUUCAUCAUUGCUGUCGACUUUGGGACUACAUUCUCUUCCGUCGCGUUCAGCCGCCUUGAACCCGACAUUCCAACUCGCCUAGUUGGAAUCGAAUCCAUCGAGUGUAUCGACAACUUCCCUGACACGACAUCACUUGGCCCAUCUGCCGAUCUCCUCGCAUGCCACCAGACCGUUCCCACAGAGAUCAUGUGCUAUACACAGAAAGACAAGGCAAUGUCUGAAGAUCAGCCCGAAUCAGGGCUCUCAGAUAAUGCAUCACAUUGCUCGAUGGAUGAACACUGGGUCUCUUCUUCAUCCGAUGACUCUGAUCUAGAGGAAGUGCAGUUGGCAGUUCCCCAGGCUGGAGAGCACAAAGUCAGGAUGUCAAAUUGGGGAUGGGGCGUUCACUCCCGACUGAUGAAGCCGCAUCUCAUACAUCCAGAUCUUGCACACUUGAAAAACUUCAAGCUACUACUGGACGACAGCCCUGCUACAAGAGACCUUCGCAAAAGAAGUGCCCGGGUCAUGAGCAUGUUGAAGCCUGCUAAAGUAGUAGACGUCAUCGCCGAGUACCUUGGACAGUUGCUCGAGCACACGAAAUCAAGGCUGACAGCCGUUCAUGGCCUUCGCAGGGACAGCCCUGUGGAGUUUGUGUUAAGCGUGCCCAACCCCUGGACGGAUACAGCUUGUCGCGUCAUGCAAGAUGCUUUGAUAAAGGCCGCCAAAAUUGCCGGCUUUGCACGUCUCGAGCAAGACGUGAUCCGGGACUUAUUCAUUGUUGCUGAAUCAGAGGCUGCGGCAGCUUACGCGCUCGAAAACCGCGACUACUUGUCUAAGAUGACAACUGGCGAGUCGUUCCUGCUCUUGGACUGUGGUGGCGGCACAGUGGACGCCGUCGUCUACACGUUGACCCAGACUGACCCAAUUCGAUUGAAAGAAGUGCUCAAACCCGAUGGAGUUUGUUGCGGUUCCAGUUUCUUGAAUGAAAAUUUCAAGAUUCUGCUGCAGCAACGGCUUGAACAUGCCACAUUCACCGGGCAAGACAUGCCCCUGGAGAGUAUCAUCUCCAAAUUGGUCCAGGACUUCGAAACUGAGAAGAGGAAGAUUAAUAUACUUGACAAGAAAGCCAACUUUGACUUGCUCUAUGUCCACGGCCUCCAAGCAGAUCCGGAACAGAGGCUUCGGAAGAAUACAUUGGAUGUGACCUGGAAGGAGAUGUACGAAGUUUUCAAAGACUGCAUCCGGGGUGUCUCAGAUCUAAUGGUGAAGCAACUCAACGCAGCCAAAGAAAAAGGGGUCAACAUCCAAACCGUCAUUGUAAUUGGAGGCUUUGGAGAGUCGCCGUCACUGAUUAAUCAUCUCAAAAAGGUUCUGCGGAAGGAGCGAAAUUGUCUGGAUCAGCCGAUUGACCUUGAGCGCUCACGUCACGUCCAGUCGGCUGUUGCGCGCGGUGCUGUGCUGCGCGCCUUGAGAAAAGAAGACGGCCCCGAGAGAAUUACCAGGUCAAGCUACGGAAUUCUUCGAUCAGAGCGCUACAACGAGGAUGAUCCCAAGCACAGGAAGUUCAGGGUUACCCGCUCUCCAGCGGAUGGAGAAUUGUACAUCAUGGACACUAUUGAAUGGGUUGUCAACAAGGACACUCCUGUGCCCACCAGGUAUAAGACGUCAUUUACGUCGAGGCACAUCUUCAAAGUUUCAGAGCCGCAGCUCUUAUGCGAAGAAGUUCUCUAUGUUUCUUCGAGCAGGCAUCCAUCUGGAUACAAAGUCCGACACAAGAUGAACAAAGGAGCUCAAGAGACAGGGAGCAUCUUGGCCGACCUCACUUUCUUAAAGACGGAGAAUCUCAUCCAGCCGAAAACCGAGACGAACGACCAGGGCAAAUCCUAUUCGUAUUACGAGAUUGUAUACGAUGUCUGGAUCAUCAUUGAGGGGCGCACUCUGAGAUUUGAGGCCCGGUCACCGAUCAACAAGGACAGGGUAACUGAUUCGAAACAAUUCUGCAUCGCCGCAGGUUUCGUUCCGGGUACGGCGUAG